AUGGGAUAUGCGGCUCCUGAAUACACCCAGACGGGACAUUUGACAUCUAAGAUCGAUCUGAGGAGCUAUGGGGUCUUCCUCUAUGAACUCAUUAUGGGCAGGCGCCCCUUAGACAAAAGCAAACCCAAGAAUGAGCAAAACCUCUUGCAAUGGGUUAAACCAUACCUAUCUGAUAAGAAAUUCCAGUUGAUAUUGGACCUUAGACUGAACGGGAAAUACCAACUCAUGUCAGCGCAAAGGCUAGCGGUUGUGGCCAACAGAUGCUUAGUCAGAAACCCAAAGUCAAGCCCCAAGAUGAGCGAGGUGUUAAAAAUCGUGAACCAGAUCGUGGAGGCAACAGGAUUCGGAAAUCCGGAACCACCAUUGAAGGAUGUCUCUACUGAAACUUCAAGAGAACGUAAACGAAGGGCUAUAGAUUUCAGAAGUGAAAAGUUUGUUUGGUCAUGGACUCCAAUGCUCAUAAGAACAUGUUAA